CCAAACCGAAACCACACCUCCUCUCAAUUCACUCUCUCUCCCUCCCUCAAAACGCAGCGUUUCAAUUGAAAAUUCCGCCGCCUGUUUUUAGGCAGAGCGCGAAGAAGAAGAAAAAAAAAAAAAAAAAAAAAAAUUAAUCGGAGAUGGCGAUGAAGGACAAGGCGAUCGGAGGCGCCAAGGCUACCGGCGCCAAGGAGGUGCACUACCGCGGCGUCAGGAAGCGGCCGUGGGGCCGCUACGCGGCCGAAAUCCGCGAUCCGGGGAAGAAAUCGCGCGUCUGGCUCGGCACGUUCGACACCGCCGAGGAGGCCGCGCGUGCCUACGACGCGGCGGCGCGCGAGUUCCGCGGCGCGAAGGCGAAGACGAAUUUCCCCGCCAAUGCCGUCGUCGUGCACAGCCCCAGCCAGAGCAGCACGGUGGAGUCGUCCAGCGCGGAUCUGAGCGCGCGCGGGGCUCCGGUGGAGCUGGAUCUCACGCGCCGCCUCGGCGCGGCGCCGGAUCGGGCGGUGACAGUCGCCGGCGCCGCUCCGGUCGGAGGCUACCGGUUCGUGCGGACGAUGGCGGUGCUGCCGAACGGGCAGCCGGUGAUCCUCUUCGAUCCGGCGGCGGCGGCGGCGUACGGGAUCGGGUACGGCCGCGGCGGCGGGGCGAGGAGCGAGUCCGACACCUCGUCGGUGGUGGACGAGAACAAUUUUGACGGCGCGGAGGCGAAGCGCGGCCUGGAUCUCGAUCUGAACAUGCCGCCGCCGAUCGAGGAUUGAGCUGAUUCCGGCGCCGGAGAUAAUAACUGACGUUCGAUUUCUGUAAAUAGAUUUGAAAAUUGAAGAAAGGAACCCUUGCUUUUUUGCAGCUGAGAGUAAUUAACCUCUCCGGUUGUUUCAACCGCCGCCGGCGGCGAUUAGGGUUUGAUUAAUUCCGUUUUGUUGUUUUUGGGGAAAAAAAACAGAGAUAAAAAAAAAUUGAUGUAGCUGAUUCAAUUUUCGCAUCAGAUCUAAGAAAUGUUGUUGAAUUCUGUUAGAUUCGUGAAUAAUAUUAGUCUCGUUUCAGAUAA